AUGAUCACCACUGCCACCCGCUCCGCUCUCCGCCUGCGCAUCGCGCCCCGCCUCACCCGCUCCACCUCGGUCUGGGCCUCCGUCAAGGCUGGACCCCCCGACGCCAUUCUUGGCAUCUCCGAGGCGUUCAAGGCUGACACUGACGCCAAGAAGAUCAACCUCGGCGUCGGUGCCUACCGUGACAACAACGGCAAGCCUUACGUUCUCCCUUCGGUCCAGAAGGCCGAGGAGAUCCUCUUCAAGGAAAAGGCGGACAAGGAGUACCUUCCCAUCACUGGUCUUGCCUCGUUCGACAAGCUCGCCGUCGAGCUCGCGUACGGCGAGAACUCGGCGCCCAUCAAGGAGGGCCGCCUCGCGGUCUCGCAGUCGAUCUCGGGUACUGGCGCCCUCCGUGUUGGCAUGGAGUUCCUUGCUGACCACUACGGCGCAAGCAAGACCAUCUACGUCCCCAACCCCACCUGGGGCAACCACACCGCUAUCGCCAAGAAGGCUGGCCUCAAGUGCGAAAAGUACCGCUACUUUGACCCUGCCACCGUCGGUCUUAACUUUGAGGCCAUGGUUGAGGACAUCAACGCCAUGCCCGAGGGCUCGAUCGUCCUCCUCCACGCUUGCGCCCACAACCCCACUGGUGUUGACCCCACCCAGGAGCAGUGGAAGCAGCUCUCGGACAUUGUCAAGGCCAAGAAGCACUUUGCCUUCUUCGACAUGGCCUACCAGGGCUUCGCCUCGGGCGACACUGUCCGUGAUGCGUUCGCCGUCCGCUACUUUGUCGAGCAGGGCCACCAGAUCCUCCUCUGCCAGUCUUUCGCCAAGAACCUUGGCCUCUACGGCGAGCGUAUCGGCACUGUCUCGCUCGUGACCGCCUCCGCUGAGGAGAAGGCCCGCGUCGACUCGCAGCUCAAGCUCGUUAUCCGCCCCAUGUACUCGAACCCCCCUGUCCACGGCGCUCGCCUCGUCUCGACCAUCCUCGCCAACCCCGAGCUCAAGGCCGAGUGGCUCUCCGAGGUCAAGGUCAUGGCUGACCGCAUCAUCGACAUGCGCGAGAAGCUCUACAACAAGCUUGUCGAGCUCAACACUCCCGGAGAGUGGGGCCACAUCAAGUCGCAGAUCGGCAUGUUCUCGUUCACCGGCCUCAAGCCAGAGCAGGUUGACGCCCUCGCCCAGAAGGCUCACAUCUACCUCACCCGCGACGGUCGUAUCUCCAUGGCUGGCCUCAACGACUCGAAUGUCGAGUACUUUGCUGAGAGCAUGAGCAAGGUCGUCAAGGGCGAGCUCUAA